GAAGGAAAGAAGAGGCAUGAACAGCGCGGUUGCUAUUUAUCGCUGGCUCCGGACUCCCUUGCCAUGCAGAGAGAGGAAAAGCAGCUUGAGCUAUCCUUGGAGGCGCUUAUCAGUCAAGUGGCUGACCUGAAGAACUCCUUGGUCAGUUUCAUUUACAAGCUGGAGAACGAAUAUGACCGUCUCACUUGGCCCUCAGUGCUAGAUAGUUUUGCUCUGCUCUCAGGGCAGCUCAACACUCUGAACAAAGUGCUGAAGCAUGAGAAGACUCCGCUGUUGCGCAAUCAGGUUAUAAUUCCAUUAGUACUGUCCCCAGAUCGGGAUGAAGAGAUAAUGCGGCAGACAGAAGGACGAGUACCAGUGUUCAGCCAUGAAGUUGUACCCGAUCAUUUGCGAACCAAGCCUGAUCCUGAGGUGGAAGAGCAAGAGAAGCAGCUGAGCACAGAUGCAGCUCGUAUUGGUACUGAUGUGGCACAGAAACAGAUUCAAAGCCUAAACAAACUGUGUUCGAACUUGCUAGAGAAAAUCAGCAAAGAAGACCGAGAAUCUGAAAGUGGAGGUUUACGCCAGAACAAGCAGACAUUCAAUCCUGCUGAUACCAAUGCCUUAGUUGCAGCUGUAGCCUUUGGGAAGGGAUUGUCAAACAGACGUCCACCAGGAAUGGGAAGCUCUGUUCAGACCAGUCAGCAAAGUGCCAAUGCCAUCAUAGCAGGUGCUUCUACCAUGCAGCAAGUACAAAUGUCUGGAGCACCAAAUCAGCCACAGCCUAUGCUUGGAGGGGUGCAAGUUCCACAAGCAGGCCAACCAGGUAAGAUGCCCAGUGGCAUAAAAACCAAUAUCAAAUCUGCUUCAAUGCAUCCCUAUCAAAGGUGAGUAGGAAAUAUUCUGGUCUAUUGCUGCUCCUGGACUUCAUUUCCAAGACAACACUUCUUCAACUUUUUCUCAACAAUGAAACUUGGUGUCUUUUCUGAGUAUCAGUGGCAUCAUUUAUUCAUACAUCUGCAUUGAUCCAGGGCACAAAAAUGUGAAAGCGUAUUUUUCAUUCCAAAUGGUAGAGGCAUUUCUUUGAGGACAACAAAUCUGUCAACUAUCUAAGCCAAGAUGAUGAACAAAUUUACUUCCUGGUUUACUUAUGUAAGAAGUCUGAUUCCCUCAGGCAGUGCACCCCUUUUGGAACUGCCUGUUGAUGACUGAGAUAUAUGGGACAUGCAAGUUAUAUUUUUUUAAAAAUUAAUAAAGUUCAGGUGCUCUGUCUCAUGUAGUUUUUGUGUAUUUUUAAGGUGGAUCAUGGGAAAAUAUGUGGCUUUGUCUUGGCUGAAUUUUUCAUAGAAUACCAUUAGACAAGCCAGCAUAUCAUCUGUUUUGACUCCUGUUUGAGAUUCUUUUGUUCAGGCCCAUUUUUCAUUGACUGAGGGAGGUUAGCAUUCUAGCUCUUGGUUUAUUGUUAUAGAAACUUUUGCAAAUUGCCAACUAGAGGUCAGGCAAGAUGGAUAAAAGCUUGCUCAAAUUUUAUCAGUAUGAGCAAAUGAAAAUGUUGUUUUUUAGGUGUGAUAGAUGGUAAAUAUUACAAUGAAUUUCUGAAGUGGAUGAUAGCAGUCCUGACACAUCUUCCCUGCAUCGGUGAUGAAGGAAGGGCACUACCUUUUUGCUGAAGUUGAUGUGUAAGGGGACCUAGAAGUGAGAAACAACCAGAUGCUGCAAUGUAGCAUCAUUGUAGUCUAUGACUGAUCAUCCAAUCACCAUAUCACUUGCAAUCUAUUGGUUGUUUCAACCACUGCAUCCAGGUUCUGUUUAAGAACAGGAAUCUUACCAAUAAGCAACAACAAGGCUUAUCUACUGCUGCUAGCAGUGGAAAGGAUAUUAGAUGAUGCCUAAACAGGUAUUUAAACAUUUUCAAGGUUGAAAGACAGGUAGUGUUCUGUUCCUAGCAGUGGUUGAGCUCACACUUGAUCUUCAAGCACAAACUUUUAAGUAUUCCUGUACAAGGCUGCCAGUGGCCUGUAGCUUACUCACUUUGGUGGUGGUGGUGGUGGUGGUAUUGUGCUGGAUCUUCUGGGCCAGUAGCAGGAGCAGUAGCAGCAGCUAUGACUUUGGAUUUGGGUGGAGCCUCAUGUUCAGCCUCCUCCACUUGUGACGGAAAUAGCCCUUCCUCAGCCUCACCUAUCACAACAUUAGUGGAAAGUACCACUAUACUGAGCUCUACAGAAAUUAUAAGUAUUGUUUAAGCAUAUGAGAAAUACAUCUAAAUCCAUAGGUGUUCAGUCUACAUAUGUGUGAUAAUGAACCUUGUUCUUCAAUCAGUUGGUGACUGCUGUUAAUCCUAUGAAAUUUCAAUUUAACAUAAUUCCUGACUGAUCUUGACUGAUCCUGUAGCAUGUAGAUGGGAGAGCAUUUGGAAAGAACCGUAUGCUAGAUGAGAAGUAAAGAGAGAACCCUGAAAGAAUGCAGCAACAAACCACCUCCGUAACACUACAUGGAUAUGUCCCUCUAAUCACCAGGAAACAAGCUUGAGGAUGUCUUGUUCUUUUUAUAAUGCAUCACUGAUACCAUUUUAAAACAGCUUUACUAAUUCAAGCAAAUCAUAGAGAAAAUUUAUCUAUGUGGUUACUAAAGGUCAACACCAACUUGAUAGCAUAUAAUAAAAAAAAUCAAGCAGAUGUUCUUUUAGAGGGAAGAAUAAUAUAAAUCUGUUGAUAUUUUUCAUUUGUGGUUAGUGCAUCAAGAUAUAUUUUUAAAAACUAUUAUCAAUCAGACUUCUAUAACUCGGUGUUAACAAUUUCUUUAGAUGAACUAAUUGUGGUAGAAUAUAAUUUUUCCUUAGUUCUCUUGGAAUUUCCUGUUGUUUAAUUAAAGUGAAAUUAAAAACUAAUUUGAAACUGCUAUCUGUAUUGUAUUGUUGUCAUGAAACUUGUCUUGAAUAUCCUUUAGUAUAAAAGAUUUAUUAGAGUGAAACAAGCCUUUUAAUUUGAAAACUUUUCUACCUGUCCAUCCAACUUUUAUAUUGCAAAUAGUUUUUUUAGUUUAUUUUUAAAAAUAAUUCUGUAUCUUUAAUUUAAAAUGGGAUGAUCUAAAUGGAGGAAAAAUGAGGAGCUACAAAUUUCAUUCACAGUUGCUAUGCCACUAAGACUGCCUUAUAAAAUGAGUUGGCAAUGUCUUUUAUUAAAGAACAGUUUACUAUUGUAAAGGGGAAAUCUUGCUGUCCAUAAUCAAAUCUGCUGUGAUCCAUUAUAUUAUAUGAAAUGAAUUAACUGUUUUACUUGAUAUGCAUCAAAUAAAGCUUCAAAAUUAGAUACA